UCGGUUUUCUUGCGUUUUCGUGUUGCAACUUGGUCGAGAGUUUUGCGCCAAUAUUUUGUUAGAACAUUCUUUGUUGUUUUUGGGUGAAGUAGGAGUUCUGUUGAUUUUAGUUCGUAUUAUUGUGCAACAAUGUUAAAAAUACAAACGAAUCGUUAACCAGAGAAAAGUUACUUCACAAGUUAAGUUUAGUUUACGUUCAGUAUCUGGCUGACAAUGGCAGCUUCGGCUACUGGGAAAAUCAAAUCCGUUGCUGUGAAAGAUUUUGUAACUUACGAUGUUGCAAUUUUCUAUCCGGAUGAACACCUUAACAUCAUCAUCGGUCCCAAUGGGACUGGAAAAUCGACGAUCGUUGCAGCAAUCGUGCUUGGAAUGGGCGGCCACUGCAAGUUGCUAUCCCGCUCCGGGAGUAUUGAAGAUUACAUCAAAAACGGUAAAGAAGUGGCCAAGAUCGAAGUGGCCCUCUACAAAAACGACAAACGAUCCAUUGUAAUGUUCAAUCGAACGUUCGAUCGAAAUGGAAAGGACCGAUUCGAUAUCGAUGGAACUAAAGUUCCACACAAAGAGUUCCUGCAGCGGAUUCGUAAGCUUAACAUUCAAAUCGAUAACCUGUGCCAGUUUUUGCCCCAGGAUCGAGUUCAGGAUUUUGCGAAAAUGAAUCCACAGGAGAUACUGUUGAACACGCAGGCAUCCGUCUGCGAGCCGAGAAUGAUUGAAGUGCUGGAUCAACUUCGGGAAAAGCGGAAGGAACAGAAAAAUGUCACGAAGUCGACGGUUGAUCAUGCGGCCAAACUGAAGGAAGCCGAAUCGAAAAACGAGGAGCUUCGGGUGCAAAUCGAGGUUAUGAACGCGCGUAAAACGUACGAAAAAGAGGUGGAAAUUUGCAAUGCCCGCAAAGCUUGGUUGGAGUACGAAAAAAUUUUCCUCGAUUACAACGCGGCGAAAGAUGAUUUGCAGUUAGCAAAAACGCUAAUGAACGCAAAGCAGAAAAUUUUGGAUCCACUCAAAUCGAAAGCUGUUAAACUUAACAAAACUAAAUCCGAGCUUAGCGACAAAAUCAAACAAGAGCAGUCGGAAAUUUCGACACAUUCCAGCCAGUUGCAUCAGAUGGAAACGCGAACCGAGCAAAUGGAAGAUCAGAUUAGCAAACAAAAACGAGAUCUCCAGGACGCUAUUUCGCAGGCAGCUGACCGGGAAAAUGAACUAGAACAGGCACGGAAAACUUUGUCACUGGCGGUUCAAGACUGCAAGCAAGCUCUUCAGGAUAGAGGAUCAGAGGCAGAUCAGGAAGCGCGCAAAAGUGAGCUUGUAAGCCAAAUAAACCGACUGAAGCAGGAAAGUGACCUGCUGAUUAGUCGGAGGAACGAGCUUAAUCAGAAGAUCGAGAACGACAUUAAACCGGAGAUGAUUAGCGUGCAACGAAGAAUCGAGUCACUUGAGAAUGUUGCACAGGUCAAGCUGAAGCUGCUGCAGUCACAAUUCGAAAGCACCUACCGCGCUACGUUAUGGCUAAGAGAGAACCUGCAAUUGUUCAAGCGAAAAGUCUAUGAACCCAUGAUCCUAGAGUUGAACGUGCCGUGCAGUGACAAUGCAAAGUUUCUGGAGAAUACUAUUGCCAAGCGAGAUUUGAUUGCGUUCACCUGCGAAGACAAAGAUGAUAUGGCUCUGUUCUUGCAUAAAGUGCGCAAAGAGAUGCGGCUGGAGGAUGUAAACGUGGUUUACUCUGAACCAGCAAAUUCACUACACUACCAGCCAAAGAUUCCGAUACAGCAAAUUGAACGCUACGGAUUCCGGUCAUACUUGAUCGACAUGGUCGAGGGACCCUACCCAAUUCUGAACUUUUUGUGCGAACUAUACUACCUGCACAAAGUUCCAGUUGGUGUGGACGAAACGUCAAAAUAUGUCUCCCACAUUCCGGACGAAAUUCGGCUGUUUUUCACCCCGUCGAACCGGUUCGUUAUCAGCAAAUCGCGAUACACCGGCGAGAAAAGCUCCCGCUGUGACAAUCUGCACACGCUCAAUCUACUGAACAAGAACGUGGAUCCCGAGGUGCUGGAGGAAAGAAAACGGGCCCUGCAACGGCUGACGAAGGAUUGUGACAAGAUUCGCAAUCAUCGCAACCAGAUUGAGGACCAAAUCAAAACGGUUCAGAACAAGGCCUCGGAGUUGAACAUAGAGCGACGCAAGCUGGAGGAGAAAUUUAACAACUAUCAGCAGUUGAAGAUCAAAACCAAACGGGCGGAGCAGAAAUGUGCUGACCUUAAAGCUCGCCUUGUCGACGUUAGCCAGGAGAAGGCGAAAUUCAAGGAGUCCUGCAAGCGCGCCAUUAAUGAUUUACUUCAAUUACAGAGAAAGAAAAUUGCGGUUAUGGAUAAGUAUGUGAUGGCCACUGUGAAGCAUGAGGCUUACAAAGUGAAGCUGAGUAUUUUUCUUAACAAAAAUGCAGACUUGGAAAGUGAAAUCCGAUCGGCAGAAGAUGCGGUGGAUUCGGCAAAGAAGAGUUACGAUGCGGUCAAUCGUAAAUUCGACGAUUUGAAGGAGCGCUUGAAGCGCAAGCAGACCUUUGCGAAAGGUCUCACCAACAAUGUCACGCCUACCAAUGACCAAUUUCCCUACAAAAAAGAGUUUGAAGCGCUGCCGGCACAGCUGGAGGAACUAGCGAAUCAUAUGGACGAACUGCAGGCCCGUAUUGAUUGUAUGGCACAGGGCAAUGGGAACAUAUUGGAAGAAUAUGAGACCCGCUGUAAACAAAUCGAGAAAUUGCGAGAGGAAAUCGAGAGAACAUCUAAAAGUACGAAUGAUCUGGAGAUUGAAAUGCAAAAACUUCACGACGAGUGGUAUCCUGCGAUUAGUCGGGUUGUGCAGAUCAUCAAUGAGAAUUUUACGCGCUUCAUGAGCUCUAUGGGAUUCGCCGGCGAAGUAGAGAUUACUAAGAAAGAUGAUCGUGAUUACGACGAGUACGGCAUUCAGAUUCGUGUUAAAUAUCGCAACACGGAGAAGCUGCAGACGCUGGACCGGCACGUGCAAUCAGGUGGAGAACGGGCAGUUGCUAUCGCCAUCUACACACUGUCGCUGCAGCACAUCACGCACGUCCCAUUCCGUUGCGUGGACGAAAUCAACCAGGGCAUGGAUCCACGUAACGAGCGCAAGGUCUUUGAGAUGCUGGUCGACGAAACCUGCCAGCCCGGCCAGUCGCAGUACUUUUUCGUAACUCCGAAGCUUCUUCCUAACCUCAAGUACAACGAUUUAAUGAGUGUAUUCAUAGUGCACAACGGUAAAUUUAUAGACGACUCCCAUGUGUUCAUUCGAGACGAAUUGCAAGCCGACUGUUGAAGCUGGGUAGUUUUCGUUCACCGCAUACAGCAUUAUUCUGCAAUGUACAUAACAUGUACAGGUUGAAUUCCAGUAAAAUUUUUGAUUAAAAAAACCUUCGAAACCCACGCGCGCCUUCGAAAAAAAAUGGCGGAUGGAAUAUUUUAAUGUUAACAUGCUCAAAGGUACAAUUAAACUAGAGCCGUGAUAAUGUAAUUGAACUUUCUAAAAAUAAAGCUAAACAUGUCACAUAGA